AUGCUUUGUAAGCCCUUCUGUUUUUUUUUUUUUUCUUCUGUUGUGGGAAUACCUCUUCCCUUUCCAGAAUGGCUAUCGGAGCUCACUGGGCUUUCAAACUGGCCGGGUGUGGAUCCCCCAUAUAUCCCGUUGGAUUUCGUGGAUUUCUCGGUGAUCCCCGGGGAACUGGAAAGUUGGGUUCACACCCAAGGAAGCUGCCAGUCCAUUGAAAAUACCGCCGAUGUAUGCUCUUUCGACUGCUGGGCUUGCGCCACCGAAGAGGAUGUUGUGACUUGCCCUGUUCUUAGCCAAACGUUCGAUGACGGGCCUUCCCCCUUCACUUUGGAUUUAAUCGAUAAGCUCGAGACACCUGUGACAUUCUUUACCAUCGGGAUCAACGUGGUAAGAUUUCCACAUGUGUACAGAAAAACAGCCAACAAAGGCCAUAUCAUGGCCUCUCAUACCUGGUCGCACAAGUUUCUCCCCUCUCUCACAAAUGAAGAGAUCAUUGCUCAAAUCGAGUGGUCGGUCUGGGCCAUGAAUGCAACCCAGCACCAUCUUCCCAAAUGGUUCAGGCCACCUUACGGUGGCAUUGAUAACAGAAUCAGAAGUAUUCUUCACCAUUUUGGGAUGCAGGCCGUGCUUUGGGACUUCGACUCGCUUGAUUGGGCUUUGGCUGCCGGUCAAGGUAAAGAGACUGAAGAAGAGCUUCAUGAAAGAUUACUUGACUUCUCAGAGAAGCGCAACAACAAGGGCUUAAUCUUAGAGCACGACAGCUUCGAGAAAACUGUCAACAUCGGCAAGGGUCUUUAUGAGCUUGUGGGCAGUGAUCAGUUGACCGUACCUCAAUGUGUAGAGGGCAUUGACUACAUCAAGACUUGGGAUAGUGACUGUGAAUCGUGCCUGGUCUAA